CCAACCGAUGCGGCACUGAGCUCCACUACCUUCCCUGAUGGAGUCAAAGAGGAUGAACGUGUGUAUUCAUUAACCUCCUAGGUAUCAUUUUGUGAGAGUUUGCCAGUGAAAGAAGCACUGACCAAAUUUCCAUCCCUGGGCCAAGAAUUUCAGGGUCAAGUGAUGAACAACAACCUCUGAGAAGAUGGAGCUGUUUAUGAGUGGAUUUCCAGCUUUCUGGAUCAUCCUAUCCUUUUGGUUUGUGCUGUUAUCAGAAUCUGCAUCUCUCCAAGGCCGGACACAGACCCAGGCAGAAGAACGGCUCUUCAGAUAUCUUUUCCAUGCUUACAACCGGUGGUCCAGGCCGGUUCCUAAUACUUCAGAUGUUGUGAUUGUCAAGUUUGGACUCUCCAUAGCUCAGCUAAUUGAUGUGGAUGAAAAGAAUCAAAUGAUGACCACAAAUGUUUGGCUGAAACAGGAAUGGAAUGAUUACAAGCUUCAGUGGAAUCCAACAGAUUUUGACAAUGUUACUUCUAUUCGAGUACCUUCUGAGAUGAUUUGGAUCCCAGAUAUUGUGCUGUAUAACAAUGCUGAUGGAGAGUUUGCUGUCACCCACAUGAUAAAGGCUCACCUUUUCUCUAACGGCAGUGUGAAGUGGGUGCCACCAGCCAUCUAUAAGAGUUCCUGCAGCAUUGAUGUAACCUUCUUCCCCUUUGAUCAACAGAACUGCAAAAUGAAAUUUGGUUCAUGGACUUAUGACAAGGCCAAGAUUGACUUGGAGAGCAUGGAGCACCAUGUUGACCUUAAGGACUACUGGGAAAGUGGGGAAUGGGCCAUUAUCAGUGCGGUGGGCACUUAUAAUACCAAGAAAUAUGAUUGUUGCAGUGAGAUCUACCCUGAUAUCACUUAUAGCUUCAUCAUUCGCCGUUUGCCUCUCUUCUACACCAUUAAUCUCAUUAUCCCUUGCCUUCUAAUUUCUUGCUUGACCGUGUUGGUCUUCUACCUGCCAUCCGACUGUGGUGAGAAGAUCACCCUGUGCAUUUCUGUCCUUCUGUCCCUCACUGUCUUUCUCCUACUUAUCACUGAAAUCAUCCCAUCCACUUCCCUAGUUAUCCCACUGAUUGGUGAAUAUUUGCUUUUCACCAUGAUCUUCGUCACCCUCUCCAUUGUCAUCACAGUCUUCGUUCUCAAUGUCCAUCAUCGCUCACCCAGUACUCACAAGAUGCCACACUGGGUCCAGAAUGUUUUUCUGGAUUUCAUUCCCCGUUGGCUCUUCAUGAAACGCCCUCCUGUAAUAGCUUCAGGGUUGAGGGUGACCAGUGAAGAGGUCAUUGCACAAUACGACAUGCCCCCGGCGAAUCUCAGCACUUCACAGUGUUGGCUGGAAACAGACGUAGAUGAUAGGUGGGAUGAGGAAGAGGAGAAUCAGGAAGAGAUGAUUCAGGCUGGCCGACUACCCCUGCAAAGCAUUUCUCACCACCAAUGCCUUCAGUAUCGCUACACCAGUGCUCAACAUCUGGGAAGAAGAUUUGUGGAACUGGUUCAUCGCCCAGCCACUAUCAAAACAGAAAGUUCAGCUUCGUCUGAGCAGGGCAUCCGGCUGUCUCCAAGCAUCUUGAAGGCGCUGGAAGGGGUGCACUUCAUAGCAAAUCACCUGCGGGCUGAGGAUGCAGAUUUCUCGGUCAAAGAAGAUUGGAAAUAUGUUGCCAUGGUGAUUGACCGCAUCUUCCUCUGGAUGUUUAUCUUUGUCUGUUUGCUGGGGACAAUUGGACUUUUCCUUCCUCCAUUUCUGGCAGGCAUGAUCUAGCAUUGAUAUGCAGGAUGAAGUCGCUGCCUUUCAAUACAUCAACAUCACCAGACAGUCUCCAUAAAAAUGCCACCCAAUCUUCCAUUCGACUUCCUAAAGAAGCCAAUAGCAGGAUUAUCCUCUUGACCCAGUGUCUGUUGCCCAGGAAUUAUUAACAUCAUAUAAAACCCUCAAAACAUAAACAAAGAACUAUAAGGCAAACUUAAACAAAAAAACAAUAAUGCAAAUUUAAACUUGAGAUUUUGUGUACCCUUUUACAUAUUUUUGUUUUGCCAAAAAUCAAGAGAAAAUCAUGCCCACCAUUAUUCAGCCGUAUGAUGUGGGACAGCUCUGUGGGGCAUAAAAGGGGUUUGUGAGCCACAUAUAGUGCAGUGGCCAGAAAUUCUUGAUGCUGUGGCUCAUUAAGCUUGUCUGCUGUUAUUCCAGAAAUGCCAAGGGAAAAGUUAAAAAGCUGAUUGCAGUGGGGAAA